GAAUGCAAAGACUACUUCAAAAAUUCCCACUUGAAGGACUCCUCGUUUACUAUCGAAGCAGUGUUUGGCUCUGUGGUAUAUGUGCUCGUGGGCAGGGAACCCUCGCAGCACACGUGAACAUAGUCGAUCCUCCCAGCGAGCGCCUUGUUCCCCUCAUUGGCUUGGAGGUUCAUGCGCAGCUAGUCAGCUGUACUAAAUUGUUCUCUAGAACACCGUACUCCUUUGGCUCUCCUCCAAACACCCAACUUUCCUUACUCGAUGCAGCCAUUCCUGGAAGCUUGCCGCUUCUUAAUCGACGAUGCGUAGAAGCCGCUCUCUUCAUAGCGUUUGCGUUGAAUUCACGCAUUAACCUACAAUCACAAUUCGAUCGCAAACACUACUUUUACUCCGAUUCGCCCGCUGGUUACCAGAUUACGCAAUAUUUUCACCCGAUCGCGGAAGGAGGUUAUUUAGACUAUCUAUGGUCUCCUGAUAGCGGCGAACUCCCUGCGGUGCGAUUAGCGGACAAUGGUGUCAAUCUGUCUCUCGUCCCAUCACGUGCUCACAUCAAAAGAGUGCAACUGGAACAGGAUACCGGAAAGAGCCUACAUGAUGAGGAACGCCGUCAAAGCCUCAUUGAUUUGAACAGAUCAGGUGUUGCCCUGGUUGAGCUAGUCACAGAACCAGAUUUCACUAACUCUUCACAAGUAGCAGCUUUUAUCAAGGAGCUCUCCACUGUGCUAUCGUUCAUCGGCAGCUGCAGUGCGAACGCCUCUCUCGGGGAAUUGCGCGUCGAUGUGAACGUUUCCGUUGGGCCAAGUCGAACUGAGCAGGGACCGCGUACCGAAGUGAAGAAUGUCAACAGCGUUCGCGGUGUAGCCAACGCAAUCGACUAUGAAAUUCGUCGCCAGACCGAACUGAUCGGCUUACACGGAACCGUUGGCUCUGAAACCAGAUUCUACGACCCCGUUCAAAAAUGUACUCUACCUAUGCGUGAUAAACAAUCCGCUUUGGAUUACCGCUAUUUACCAGAACCGAACCUUCCGCCACUUCGUCUCGCCUCUUUUUGUUUGUCUUGUCGUAAUGAAGUAGAUUCGACUGACUCGUCUGGAGGUUCCGAACGAGGCAUACCAAACCCGUACACCCCAUUUUGUCUGCAUUGCGCUCGCAAACGAUACAUCCAGCAUGUGGAAACCAACGGGAUGGGUGAAUUGCCGAAUGCAACGCGGCAGCGAUUGUCGCUCGAUUACUCUUUGCCAUGGCAUCAGGUGUGUGUGUUGGUGGAAAACCCGUCGCUGAGGCGCCUGUUCGAUACUUGUCGUGAGCUGAUGACGGGACCUCAGUACACGCGGUCCUCCAGUACAAAUGCUUGCCAAGAGUUGGGCUACUGGAUUUCUGGUCAGCUGCACGGGAUGUCUAAGCGAGGCGAAAUGGUACGUUUACCAAGUCCGCAGCAGUUGGUAGAAUUUGUGGAUUUGAAUUUGACUGGACGACUUCACGGAGAAUCAGCAGUGAAACUGCUUUGUCUGCUAACCUCUGGCGACACGCUAGCAUCCCAGUCAUGUCUACAACUGGCCACCGAUCGAGACUGGCUAUCCAUCAACGACCCGAAGGUGAUGCGCGCGUCUUGUGCACGUGUGGUCAAUGACUGUCCAAAGGCUUUGGGUCUUUUCCAAAACGGUCACGAGAAGAAGGCAGUCAAACGCUUGAUACAGAGUUUACUAAACAACGCAGCAUACCGGGCGAGCAAAUUCCACCCCAUCGUCUUACGGGACGUACUACUGGAUGAGUUGCGCUCCCGCUCAGCCCAAAAACCGACCGGAAUUCACUAACCACCGACCAUGAGCUUGCAAUUGUCCUCAAUCUAUCCGUAAUAUCUUCUCUCGUUGCGAGCAUAUGCACCGACUGUA